AAAGCCGUGGGCCCUCCCACCGCUAUUGUGCGGGGGAAGAUGUAGCAGCCUCUUCUCCGAACCACCCCUUUGCCUGCGGACUUCUCUGGGGCCAGCAGCCGCCCGACUAGGGGCCCGGGGCCACGGGCUCAGCAGACGACCAUGGGCUCGGUGUCCAACCAGCAGUUUGCAGGUGGCUGUACCAAAGCGGCGGAGAAGGCGCCCGAGGAGGCGCCGGCGGACGAGGCCCGGGCAGCAGACGAGCCGCAGUUGCUGCACGGUGCCGGCAUCUGUAAGUGGUUCAACGUGCGCAUGGGGUUCGGCUUCCUGUCCAUGACCGCCCGCGCCGGGGUCGCGCUCGACCCCCCAGUGGACGUCUUUGUGCACCAGAGUAAGCUGCAUAUGGAGGGCUUCCGGAGCCUGAAGGAAGGCGAGGCAGUGGAGUUUACCUUUAAGAAGUCUGCCAAGGGCCUGGAAUCCAUCCGUGUUACUGGCCCUGGUGGUGUGUUCUGUAUUGGGAGUGAGAGGCGGCCAAAAGGGAAGAACAUGCAAAAACGCAGAUCCAAAGGAGACAGGUGCUACAACUGUGGUGGGCUAGAUCAUCAUGCCAAGGAAUGCAAGCUGCCACCCCAGCCCAAGAAGUGCCACUUCUGCCAAAGCAUCAAUCAUAUGGUAGCCUCAUGUCCACUGAAGGCCCAGCAGGCGCCCAGCUCCCAGGGCAAGCCAGCCUAUUUCCGGGAGGAAGAAGAAGAGAUCCACAGCCCUGCCCUGCUCCCUGCAGAGGCCCAGAAUUGAGCCAUAGCGGUGGGGGCUAUUCUUUUACUAUCAGGAGUUCAAGGAGCAGGCAUCAAUCGGCAGAGUGGAGAAAGUGGGGAUAAGGGUGGGUUGGGGGUAGCUGGCAGUGCCAAGUUUCUCAGGCCGGGGUUCCCCGCAUCAUCCCAUCUUCCCUUUCAGUGGGGGGAAGGGGUGAGGCAAAGGAGCUCCAACCAUGCUCUAUCAAAUGCAAGUAAGGGCUUUGGGGCAAAGCCACCUUAAAACCUGUGUGCUUUAUCUGAGUCUUCACCCCAAAACCUCUAGCUUUUGAAAGUGGCCUGGCUAGGGAGGUUGUUUUCCUUUCAAAGAAGGAAAUGUAAUAAUAUUUCCCUUGCCAGGGCAUGAAACAGUUAACACAGAAGAUCAGAUGAAUGGACCCAACCCACAAACUACCACAUUCUGUGGGAGAAUCUCAGGAGCAGAGCAGGGUUUUCACAUCUUGUUUCCUUCCUCAUAAUCCAAUCUUGGGAUAUAGUGCUGGUAACUGUCCCAAGUCAUGGGUUGUGAGGGUAGGCAAAAGGGGUGGUUGGGGAAAUAGCUGCAGACCCACUGCUCCUAGCUCACUCCCACCCUUUCUGGGCCAAUGUGAUUUUAUUUAUUUGCUCCCUUGGAUAACUGCACCUUGGGUCCCACUUUCUCCAGGAUGCCAACUGCACUAUCUGUGUGCGAAUGACGUAUCUUGUGCAUUUUAACUUUUUUUUCCCCCUUAAUAUAAAUAUUCUGGUUUUGUAUUUUUGUAUAUUUUAAUCUAAGGCCCUCAUUCCUGCACUGUGUUCUCAGGUACAUGAGCAAUCUCAGGGAUAAGGCGGCAGCAGCUCCAGGUCUGCGCAGCAGGAAUAAUUUUUGUUGUUGUUUUUAUCACCAUGGAGAGCAACCAUUUGGAGUGCACAGCCUAUUGAACUACCUCAUUUCUGCCAAUUAGAGCUCGCUUUUCUGCUAUACUGUCCUCUUGAAACCCCCUCCAUCUUAAAUGUUUCAUAGGAGACUAGGUUUUAAUUGAGUUGCCCCAUGACUUGAUCUCCUUGUACUGGAAGACUGGAAAUUAGUCUAAACAAAAAAAAAGUGGUGCAGAGAAGUUUGAGAGGUGGGGGCCAGGUAGCAGGCCCAGAGAGGAAGCCAAAGUUAAGUGAUGGUUGUCUAAUGCUAGGGCAUGGAACUUGCUUUACAGAACCAUCCUCACCAGAUUAGCCUAGGUCUACCAUGUACAACAGGGUGUAUAUGUGUUUUUGUUUUAAAUAUUUUUUAAAAAGGAGAGUAAGGAUGAGUUCAAAGACCAGUACCCUUAUCCCACCCUGUGCUGUACUAGGAAGGCUAUAUGAACAAAGGGCUAAAAUCCUUAACCUUCUAAAACUCUUGGCUUCCAGGGAGACCCAUAGCAAGGACUCUUUGUGGCGCCCAGAGCCAGUGUCCUGCCCUGCUGCAAUAAUUAUGAGUAGUGACACAGUAGCUAAAAGAGGAAAGAAAGGGGGUUUCGUUUACAUGCUGUGAGAUCACCGCAAACCUACCUCACUGUGUUGAAACGGGAUAAAUGCAAUAGAACGCAUUGGGUGGUGUGUGUCUGAUCCUGGUUUCUUGUCUCCCCCAGAUGCAGCCCCCCUCUAGUUAUUAUAUUUGUCUGGGCUUUGUAGGACUUUACUGAGUCUCUGAGUUGGUGAUUGCUAGGUGGCCUAGUUUGUGUAAAUAUAAUGUGUUGGUCUUUCUCCAUGUUCUUUUGGGGUUUUAUUGUUUACAAACUUCUUUUUGUAUUGAGAGAAAAAUAGCCAAAGCAUCUUUGACAGAAGGUUCUGCACCAGGCAAAAGGAUCUGAAACAUAAGUUUGGGGGGCCCUCUUCUUGAAAUGGGGGUCUUAAACCAUCUUUUAUGUUCCUCUUUCCCUGUUUGCUAUUUUGGGCCAGAUCUUCUGUCCUAAAAGCCUGACUCUUAUCCUACCUUCUUCCUCAAAAGAAAACCUACAUACACAUUUAAUCCUCUGAGUGUCUCUACAACUCUUAAAUGACUUAUGCAGAAUUCCUAAAGAAGCUGGGAUUCCCUGCCCCUUGUUCCUAACCUCUAGAGUCAAGACCAGCUCUUGAUGCAAUUCAUGCCAAAUACCACACUACUGUUUGCAUGGAUCAAAUCUACUUAAUCUGUAAUUCUAAAGUAGAGAGAAGCAAUUGGGGGCUUUCCAUGUACAAAGUGGGGUCAGGAGACCAGGAAAGAAAAUAUGAAUGUAUGUUCAAGUCACUCAGGAACUUUUAUUCAGGUGCAAGAAACUUAUGUCAAAGUGGCCACAAGAUUGUUUAAUAGGAGACGGACGAAUGUAACUCCAUGUUUACUGCUAGAAACCAAAGCUUUGUGUGAAAUCUUGAAUUUUAUGGGGAGGGAGGGAGGGAGGGUGGGAAAGUAUGUACCUAUCUGUUCUUUCCCUGAUCUCUUCCCCUCAUUCCUGAAAUACAGGAGACUAAGCCCCCUUGGGCUUUGGUGACCCCCACCAUUGGGGUGUUUUAUAUUACGAUUUGAUUUUGCUGUACCCAGAUACUUUCUUCCUUUCCUAUUUUCUAAUCAUUUUAUAACACACAUGCUGACUCUUCCCUUCCUUCUCCUCUCCCUGGG